AUGGAGAGGUUCGCCGCCAUGGUCGUCGGCCACCGAGCCGCGGCCGCCCCUGUUCCUGCUCCCGCGCCGGCGGCCAAGGGGAAGGGGAAGGUGGUGGAGGACGCGGCGUACCUGAGCAUCCAGCUGGAGGAGAUCGUCAUUGUGAAGAACGACGACGUCGCCAGCCUUGGCGCCGCCCGCAGCCGCAGCACCCUGACCAGCGGCGCCUCCACCUCCAUGGGGCAGCGCGUCGCGGCCGCGGCGGCUCCACCACCCUCAGGGAUAUCGGCGGCUGCGGCUGCCGCGGCCCGAGGCGCGUUGUCGACGACCGCGGGCUGGAUCGGGGGCUCGGAUGAGCUGAGGUCUAGGGUUUUUGCUUGA